UCACUUGGACUCUAUGUAAUAUACUUAAAUUUAUUGUCAAAAAUUUGCAAAUUUUAAUUAUUAAGAUAUGCUUUAUUUAUAUUUAGGUGGGCAAACGGCAAGUGUUCCAAAAAUCUCGGCAACAUCCAUCACCUUACAGCUGCUCCGUGAGAAGGGCAUACUGGGGCUAUACCGUGGGACGGCCGCCACUAUGCUACGUGAUGUUUCAUUUUCCAUAGUAUAUUUCCCACUUUUUGCUCAUCUCAACUCCUUAGGGCCUCGCAAGUCUGAUGGUUCAGGAGAAGCUGUCUUCUGGUGCUCAUUCUUGGCUGGUUGUGCAUCGGGAUCCCUGGCAGCAUUAGCAGUUAAUCCCUUUGAUGUAGUCAAAACAAGAUUGCAGCUGCUAUCUAAGGGUGUUAAUGAAACUCAGUACAGUGGUAUCAUGAAUGCUAUAAUAACAAUUAUGAAGGAUGAAGGACCUAGAGCAUUCUUCAAAGGUGGAGCAUGCAGAAUGAUCGUAAUUGCUCCUCUGUUUGGAAUAGCACAGAUGGUGUACUACUUUGGUGUUGGAGAAGCUAUUCUUGGGUAUAAGAAGUGAAAAUAAUAAUGAUAGAUAUAUUGGGAUGCAUUUAGUUAUUCUAUUUACUAUCAAUGGCAACUCAGUAAAGGUUAGCUGUUUUUCAAUUAUUUUUUAUACUAGUUUAUUUUACUGUUUUUACAUAACUACAGUAUUUUAAAGUAUAUAUAAAUAAUUGAUUAGUGUUUAAUUUUUACUACUGUUUGUAUAGUGUACUGAUAGUGUUAAUGAUGUUAUGAUUAUAAGCAAAUUUUAUUUUAAUAGAAA